UAUUUUGAUUUUAAAGCGUGACGAAUUUUCACGCCUAGUCGAGAUAAAUAUCGUUCAGAAUAAAGUGUACCAACGUGAUUAUUUAUCUUAUCCAUUUACGAUUUGAUUGAUUUUUUUAUUGUCGUUUUUGCGAUAAAACAUUUUGAGUACUUCUGCAUUUGUUUCAAUAAAAGAAACCGCGAUGGUUUUGUGGUAGUAGUGAUGGUUGGACUUUAAAAUGUUCUAUUGUGUUCCUAGUUCUUAGUUUAACACAGGGCCAGAACCAUGUUCGUGGAAACAAAGAAAAUGGUCCCUCCAGAUGGCGGAUGGGGGUGGAUCGUCGUCAUAGGAGUCAGUGUCGUUAAUUUAUGUACUCGUUCAAUCGAGCCUUCUUUCGGUUUACUCUUCGGCGACUUGCUGAAAGAACUGAAGGUUGAAACGACCGGAGCCGCUCUUAUAAUGAGCACUUUGGACGCAUUGAUCAACUUUUCAGGACUUUUCGUAGGACCUCUAAUCCGUGCCUUCUCAUAUCGUAAAGUUUCCCUCGUUGGAUCAGCUUUAUGCGCCCUCGGGCUGAUCUUGACCUAUCCCGCCAACAGUAUGGCGCACAUCCUUGCUACGUACAGUAUUAUCAACGGUUUAGGAGUAGGUUUAACCGCAUCUUCGACUUUCGUCGCACUGAACAACUAUUUCGUGAAAAAGCGAGGUCAAGCCGUGGGUCUUUCGCUGGCAGGGACGGCUUUUGGCAUGAUGUUGAUGCCACAAGCCGUCAAGUUGCUCUUAGAAGAGUUCAGUUUUCGCGGGACGAUUUUAAUUUUGGGAGCAUUUGCUCUGAAUGCGAUUGUUGGGUCCUCGUUGCUACAACCGGCGAAGUGGCAUUUCGUGCCCGAAAUCAAGGACGAGGAAGAAGGUUAUCAUCAGAGAAUCUCCUUCUUUUUUGCGUCAAACGAGGAAAUGGAGACGAUCAAAGAAACAGAAGACGAAGAUCUCGACUUGCACGAAGCACAAACUUUGAUCAAUACGAAAGGAAUGUCCGAAUUGGCUGUGAAAACGUUAGAAGAAUUGACAAAACAGCCAGGCUUGUCGCGAAAGUCGACUUUUCCUCGAAAUUUUUCGACGAUGAGUUUUCUCGGGAGCAAAAGACGGAAACCGUCGCAGGAUUCGAUCGUUUCAAGUUACUCGCGAUUGGAUUUUACCGGUUCCAGUCUUCAAUUACAUCUAGAGCAAAACGAAUCCGAUUCGAGUUCGAGUUCCGCCACUCAUCUUCGCCGCAACAUGAGUUAUCCAGGCGUUCAGCUCACUUCGCACAAGAAAAUCUUAGCCGAAUUCUCCAAAUCGCCGCUGAAGUUUCAAGCCGAGAAGAAGAAGAAGAACAUGUGGAAAAAAAUCGUCGACUUUAUGGAUUUCGAUUUGUUAAAAGAUCCCAUCUACUUGAACCUGGUUUUUGGUUUGUCGAUUUUCUACGUGGCUGAGCAGAAUUUUAAAAUGGUGACACCGUUCUUCUUCGAAAAUAUCGGCUACAAAAAAGCGGACGUAGCGCUGUUUUUAUCCGUCCAAGCGUUCACUGAUAUCCUGGCAAGGCUGAUUCUGCCGCCGAUCUGCGACAGGAUCAACGUGUCGAAAAGGACACUUUUCAUGACCGGGAUUUUUGUUUUGGGUAUUUGUCGAUCAGUCCUCGCUGAACAGACCGAUUGGACCCCUAUUAUGGUUUGGUUGGUCAUUUGUGGGUUCUUCAGGGGGGCUGCCCUCAUUAAUUUCACAAUCACGAUAUCGGAAUAUUCCUCUUUGGAGAAACUACCAGCGGCUUUCGGGCUACACAUGGUGGGGAAGGGGCUGUUUGUCGUGGCAAUUGGCCCCAUUUUAGGUAUCAUAAGGGACACGACCAAGAGUUACCCGAUCUGUCUUCAUUCGCAAACUUUUCUUAUUCUUGUCUGCUGCGUGGCUUGGAGCAUCGAAUAUGCUUUCAGGUUUCUCAGAACUAGGAGUGUGGAGUCGGACACGGACACCUCGACCACAUGACAAACGGAUGUUGACUGCUAAGUCACAUUUUUGAGGGACAGAAAAAAUUCAGGAACGGUCCGUUUGGUUUUAUUGUUUUGUCGGUUUCUUCGGUUAUUUUAUUUAUAAGUUCGAACAUUUUCUAUGAUAUUCUACGUGUGAUAUGAUUAGGUUUAAUGAGACUGAAUCUGUGAGUAUAGUGUUCCAUGAAGAUACUUAAUCUACUUCGGGUAGACCAACAUUGUACAUAGUUUUAUGAUUUAAAGUAGCAAUAAUCCAAGAUGUAUUAAUGGUUUUAUAUAAAAGAAUCCUAUUUA